UCCGGCUCGACUGACUGCGCUGCCAGGCUGGGAGCUCCGGCGAUCCGCUCCUCCUGCUAGUCUCUUGCAGCCCUGGGCAUAGAUUCACCUGGACCUUGCAUUUCUACGAGGGGAAAAAUACAACAAAGAAAGAAUAUGCUGCGGGAAUGGUGUGCCUUGGCUGAGGCUGCUGCAUUCGCGGCUUAAGCAGCUGUCAGUCAAUAUGCGCAGCUCCUCUUUCCAAAAAAAUACCUGAAGAGGCUGGAGACGAUAUUUAAUGCGUCCGAUGACGGCUGCAGCUUUUCCCGACUGAUAUAUUAAUUGUGAAUUUUGAAUUUGCCUCUUUUUGCAGUUUGGAGGGCUGUACUGAGGAAUUUAUGUUUUUUUUUUUUGUAGUUUAGGUAUGAACAGGCUUCACGCUGCUCUACGCCCGGUGGAUGCGUUGUAUCAUUAGCAUGACUGGAGCAUCAUUCCGGCUGUUAUUACCGAGGAGUAAGAUGUGCAUUGACGUGUGAGCGCCGAUCUCCUAAUGCGACGCCGUUACCCCCGAUCCCGGUGAUCCGUCCUUCAGACUGGACUGGUUAAGGGGGCUGUACCCACAUAGCUGGGAGAAACCAUUAAUCAAAUACUGCUCUCCCCAGUAAGCAAUAAUGUCAACCAUAGAACUGGAGCACUUUGACGAGCGGGACAAGGCGCAGCGGGCUUCACGCCGGUCCGGCUCGGGCUCGCAGGCUGGAUCCAGGGGCAGCAGCCUGGUUCCGAGUCCGGCGCACAGCGCCAACUGCAGCUUCUACCGCACACGCACCCUGCAGGCGCUCAGCUCGGAGAAAAAGGCCAAGAAAGUGCGCUUUUACCGCAAUGGGGACAGGUACUUCAAGGGUCUGCCGUACGCGGUGUCCGGCGACCGCUUCAGGUCCUUCAGCGCAUUGCUCAUGGAGCUCACCAAGUCCCUGUCGGACAGCAGCAGCCUGCCCCAGGGCGUCCGCUGCAUCUACACGCUGGACGGCACAAGCAAGAUAACCAGCCUGGACGAUUUCGUAGAAGGUGAGAGCUACGUCUGCGCCUCCAGUGAGCCAUAUCGCAAGGUGGAGUACACCCAGAACACCAACCCCAACUGGUCGGUGAAUGUGAAGGCAGGGGGGGCAAAGCCCCGCCCCACCCCGGGCUCGCCCCGCAGCAAGCCGCGCGACACCAAGGACUUCAUCAAGCCCAAGCUGGUGACAGUGAUCCGCGGCGGCGUCAAGCCCCGCAAGGCCGUGCGCGUGCUGCUCAACAAGAAGACCGCCCACUCCUUCGAGCAGGUCCUGGCUGACAUCACGGAGGCCAUCAAGCUGGACUCGGGGCCUGUCAAGCGACUCUACACCCUGGAUGGCAAACAGAUCACCUGUCUGCAGGACUUCUUUGGAGAUGACGAUGUCUUCAUUGCCUGUGGUCCUGAGAAAUAUCGCUACGCUCAAGAUGAUUUCGGACUCGAUCUCAGUGGCAAGGCCUCUGCUAGCUUUGUGAGCGAGUGCCGAGGGCUGAAGUCUUCAUCUUCUCAGGCUCCAAGGCCUUCCGGGUCCAAAAGCCCAGGUCUGCAGCGUCGUAGCAAACCCUCGGCCACAGCUGCCAGUCAGAGGUCUCCAACCAGGCCGACCAACUCCCCCAGCCCCAGCAGCAGCGCGCUGAGCUGCAGGCUCUCCCCGCAUCGCGUCUCCGCCUCCAGCGUGAACAGGGCUGAGGAUGAGACUGAAGACUCAAGCCCAGAAGCAGUGAACGGAAACACUGUGCAGGCCUCCUCGGCCAUCCUGGACAAGUACAAGGUUGGGAAGGUCAUCGGAGAUGGCAACUUCGCCGUGGUGAAGGAGUGCGUAGAGCGGGCCACCGGGAUGGAGUUUGCCCUGAAAAUCAUUGACAAGGCCAAGUGCAGCGGAAAGGAGCACCUGAUCGAGAACGAGGUGGCCAUCCUUCGGAGGGUCAAGCAUCCCAACAUCAUCAUGCUGAUCGAGGAAGUCGACACACCUGCAGAGCUCUACCUGGUCAUGGAGCUGGUCAAAGGUGGAGACCUGUUUGAUGCCAUAACCUCCUCUACCAAGUACACAGAGCAGGAUGCGAGUGCUAUGGUCUACAACCUGGCCAGUGUCCUCAAGUACCUGCACAGUCUGAACAUCGUGCACAGGGACAUCAAGCCGGAGAACCUGCUGGUCUGCGAGUACUGCGACGGCACCAAGUCUCUGAAGCUGGGAGACUUUGGCCUGGCCACCGUCGUCGAGGGGCCUCUGCACACCGUGUGUGGGACGCCCACCUAUGUCGCCCCGGAAAUCAUUGCUGAGACUGGGUAUGGGCUGAAGGUGGACAUCUGGGCGGCCGGUGUCAUUACCUACAUCCUGCUAUGCGGCUUCCCCCCGUUCCGCAGUGAGAACAACCUGCAGAAGGACCUGUUUGAGCAGAUCCUGGUGGGCAAGCUGGAGUUCCCGUCUCCCUACUGGGACAGCAUCUCAGACUCAGCCAAAGAGCUGAUUGGCCAGAUGCUGCAGGUGAAUGUGGAAGCCCGCUACACUGCCGAAGACGUCCUCGCCCAUCCAUGGGUGACGGAUGAUGUCAUGGUGGAAGGCAGUGUGAGGGUGGAGUCUGCAGAGCCCAAUGAAGCAGGAGAGGAGGACGAGAGCCCUGUGGGAGCAUCUGUCGCCAUGCUCCAAGAUGACGACGAGCACAGCUCCAGGUAAACAGCACCCUGUCCUGUCCAGAGGCCCAUGGUGGGACACCUUCCAAAUCCCCUCACUGCCUGUCACCCUCCUCCCAGUG